UGCCCCAGCACAACUGCCUCCAAGUCUCUGUGGUGUGUCAGGAAGCACAGGAAUGAACCUGCAAGGCUAGGAUACACGUUAGUGGUGUGUGUUCCCCAAAGCACAAGCAGCUCCCCAACAAGACUUCAAAACAAAGGGAAAAAACUUCCUCCUGCAUCUCUCCACAGGAGAUCUAGGCGGUGUCUCUCCAUUGCAAGAUCUCCUUUGGCAGUCUACAUUGACAAGAGUUGGCUGCAGGAGGCAUUUGGAUUUGAACUCUCCUAAGAUCAGAGGAAAGAAGAGGUAAUUCCUGAGGAAAGAACAUGCAACCCUAAUUUGUGAAAACACCAGCGUGAGAUUGCAACAACUGCACGCCACGAAUCCCUUGCAUAAAGCAACACCCAUCCAGGGUGCAGCACUUUAGCUUUGAUGUCAAUGCUGACAGAAUUGCUGCCCCUUCCUGCUGCUGCUGACUCCAAAUAACUAGAAAUGUGCUGCUUCUGCCAAAGACAGGCAGAGAUGGCCAGAAAAAAACCAGCCAGUCUGCUGCCAAAGAAUGUUUUCUAACAUCCCCUUUUCAUCCGUUCCUCAACGAAGACAGAAGGCAAUGAAGACAUCCUUUCCCUCUGUCACCAACAGUGACGCAGGCACGCGAUACAUUGUGGGGCUAGAGCUUGCCAGUGCUCCCAGAGCCCUCUCCAGGGCCUUCCCCUGCCGGGCCGUGUCCGGCCAGCCCCCGGAGCCGCCGCGCUGUGCCCGCAGCCCCGGCUCUGCCGCGCUCGUCCCCGCCGAGUCCGGCCCGUGCCGGGGCCGGGCCUGGCACGCGCGGGGCCGAGCGCAGCGCUCCCCUUCAGGCCGCGCGCUGCCAGUGCGGCUGAGGCCGUUGCGCCGCGGCCGUUGUGGCAAACAGUCGUCGAUCGGCGCCAUGGCGGAGCUGCCGCUCCCCGCCGGCCUCAAUGCCAGAACCUUCCCCGCCAAGCUGUGGCGCCUGGUGAACAGCCCCCGCGUCCUCUCCGUGCGCUGGGACAGCCAGGCCCAGGGGCUGCUCAUUGACCGCUCCCUCUUCGAGCGGGAGCUUCUCAGCCCGGGCGGCGACCAGGGGCCAGCCCCGCACACCUUCAGAGCCACGCGGUUCCUCAGCUUCGUGCGCCAGCUCUACCGCUACGGCUUCCGCAAGGUGCCGGGCCGGGCCGGCGCGGCUGCGCCGGGUGAUGCCGGGGCGUGGCUCCACUACACAAACCCCUGGUUUCGCCGCGACCGCCCCGAGCUCCUGCUCCGCAUCGAGCGCCGGAGCGCGGCCAGCAGGCAGCGGCCGGCGGCGGGCGGGGACAGGAGCAGGUGCUCCCGGCAGCUGCCGAGGGCGCGGCCGCUGCCGGACGGGCGGGAGAGACGCAGCCGCUUCAAGGCGCUCCCCAAGGAGCGGCCGCCGCUGCCGCCCAGGCCCCUGCCCAGUGGCUUCCUCCUGCUGCACAGGGAGCGGACGCUGCCGGACUGGCGGGAGCUGCGCAGGCCCCGGCCCGGCCGCUUCCAGCAGCCCCCCAAGGAGCGGCCGCUGCUCACCCGGCGCCCGCCCUGCGGCUUCCACCUGCUGCACAGGGACCGGCCGGGGCCGGCCCGCUGCGAGGGGCCGAGCCGUUUCCAGGAGCUCUACGGGGAGCGGCCGCUGCCCGCCGAGCGGGAGCUGCUCCGAAUCCCGCCCUGCGACUUGCUCGGGCUCCACGGGGAGCGGCCGCUGUUUCUCGGCCGGGAGGGGCCCCCCAGCCACUUCCAGGAGCUCUAUGGGGAGCAGCUGCCUCCGGCCGACCGGGAGGUGGUCAGGAUCCAGCCCUGCAGCUUCCAGCAGCUCCACAGGGAGCAGCAGCCCCCAGCCUACAACCCACCAGCCACUCCAGGCAAUUCAGCCUCCAGUGCUCCACCUGGCAGUGCCGCCUGUGCAGCAGCAUCAACGGCCUCAGCAGAGAGCGCACUUAAGGAAGAGGAAUCUCCACCGCUGGAUCUUGGCCUUGCUGUGGAGAAAAUGAUUCAGGAGAUCAGGAGAUCCCUGUCUGAGAAGUCUCCCUCUGCUCAGGGGAAUAUUCAUGUUGCCUCUGAGUCCUCAGGAAGGGAACCCAUGAACGAGGCUGCAGCAGAGGAAGAUUCAUCUGGCACCAAGAACUGCGAUGACAGUUGCCCAGAGCCUGAGGAGCCUGAUGCCAUCUGAGGGAUGUCUCCCGGAGGGCUGUCCUGCACGGCAGGAAGAGACAGAGGGAGGGCCUGUGACCAUCAGGCAGGUAGAAUCCCUCUGUUCUACAUGUAUAGAUUUCUAUAGUUCUAUUAAGUAAUUCUUAUAGUUAUGUUUAUCGAUUUUAAUUUCUGUUUCUAUAGAUUGAAUUCUUUUAUAUAU